AUUGUUGUGAACACAACGUGUUGUUAUUUCAGUCUCCGGUGUCCUAUCAAUUUGAUAAACAAACCAAAGUUAAUCAAGAACUCCAAUUCUUGAUAAACAAAAUCAAGAUAAAAAUUCUAUGAGUUAUUUUAUUAAUAAAAAUGUAGCCGUUGAUUCUUGUACAAGAAAUCGUUAUAAUACUAAAAACCGAAACAUAACAAAAGUCAAAUUAUGUCUCGUCAAAAGAGGACUAUGAAAAGUUGGCUGCAAUCUUCCUUUGAUUUGGAUGGAUUUGAUGAUGCUCCUAAGAAACCCAAAUUAUCACAAAAUGGUUCCAGUAAAAAUUUAGAAGCAACUAUUGAGGAUUUUGAUGUUAAAGUUUGUAUAAAAAAGAAAUCAACAAAUAAUUUAACUUCUUUGUUGAAUGUUUGUGCCCCUCAAAAACCAGUGGAUCUAGCAGUUAGCAGACAGAAACAACAAGAAAUAAAUAGAUGGUUUCAAGAAAAAAUAAAGCAUGGUCAACCAAAUAUCCUUGUUAUCUCAGGUCCAUCGGGGUGUGGAAAAACUGAAGCCUUAAAAGUUUUAGCAAAACAAAAUAACUAUGAUGUUAUUGAAUGGACUACACCAAUGGAUCAAGGCAUGGAUGAAAACAAUAGAACAGUGUCUCAAGUAGAAAAAUUUGAAGACUUUAUUGUUAGAGCAACUAGGUAUAAUUCUGUAUUAUCGGAUUGUUCAAGACGCUUAUUAUUAGUAAAAGAUUUGCCUCAUUCUUACACAAGUGGUAAAGAUGACUUUACAGUUCUACUACAUAAAUAUUGCCAAUAUGGUCGAGAGCCGUUAGUUUUUAUUGCAACAGAAUCUGGUUCUUCCAAAUUAAUGACGACUUUAUUCUCUCAAAGUAACCGAGAUCGUUUUAGUAUGGAAUUUAUAAAUAUUAAUGCUGUUACUCCUACAGCAUUGAAAAAUGUCAUGAAAAGAGUAUCAAGUAUUCUUAACAAUAAAGCUAGUCAAAUGUUACAAGUAACUCAAAAUAAAAUUGAUGAAGUUUUGUCUAAUUCUAUUGGAGAUGUUAGAAGUGCUCUUCUUAAUUUAAUAUUUUCUUCUUUGAAAGUAUCUAAAAAAUUUACCAGUGAAUGUUCAAGCAGAGAAGAAACUCUUGGUCUCCUACAUGGUAUAGGGAGAGUUAUUAAUCCAAAAAAAACAACAACUUCUGAUGGUAAGUCAUGGAGAUUUGUCCAUAAUCCUGAUGAUCUUGCCUCAUGCUUCCAAACUCAAGCUAAUACAUUUAUAAGCUUUGUACACGAGAAUUAUCUAAACACAAUUGGGCCCAAUAUGAAUGGAGCUACAGCUGCAAUUGAUGCUAUUAGUAUGGCUGAUAUAUUCAAUGCAGAGUGGAGGGAUCUUAAUAUGCACAAAGUAGCUCUUUCUCAUUGUGUAAGAGGAGUAAUGUUAGCCAAUAAUAAACCUGUUUCACAAUGGAAUCCAGUCAAAAAGCCCAACAGAACUGAUUUCCAAGGACAAAAAGAUUAUGCUGCAGCAGAAAUAGAAUGGUACAAAAAUUAUAUAACUCCAAAAAUGAAGUACCCUGAAAUAAGUGCUGAAGAUCUUGAAUUACUAUCAGAAUCAAUAAUAGAAGAAAUAGGUGAUGAUUGGUAAAAAAAAAACUUGAAUAAUUUAAAUUCUGACAAUGUAUAAAGUUGUUGUAUUGAUGUUUAAAAAUCAAUUCAUGCAAAGUUCAAAUA